ACUUGCGUUACUGGCCUAAGUGGAUACUCCCAGCUGGCCACGUCCAUCAUCAUAGUCAGGCCCGAGGGCUCCCGAUUACACUCAGAGCCUGUGGCGCCGCAGACACAAACAGUCCCUCGCAGACGACCCUGUUGCAACAAACCAUGCUCUAAGAUGUAAACCACGGAGAAUUUUCCUCAACAGUCCAGAAGCCACCUUUGCUCCCCCGAGCCUGGAUUAACCAUGAGAGAGCUCGUCAACAUUCCACUGCUACAGAUUCUCACCCUGGUUGCCUUCAGCGGGACUGAGAAACUUCCGAAAGCUCCUGUCAUCACCACGCCUCUCGAAACCGUAGACGCUUUAGUUGAAGAAGUGGCAACUUUCAUGUGUGCCGUGGAAUCCUACCCUCAGCCCGAGAUUUCUUGGACCAGAAAUAAAAUCCUCAUUAAGCUGUUUGACACCCGCUACAGCAUCCGGGAGAACGGUCAGCUCCUCACCAUCCUGAGCGUGGAGGACAGCGACGAUGGCAUCUAUUGCUGCAUAGCCAACAAUGGAGUGGGAGGAGCCGUGGAGAGCUGUGGCGCUCUUCAAGUGAAGAUGAAACCUAAAAUAACUCGCCCUCCCAUUAAUGUAAAAAUAAUAGAGGGAUUGAAAGCUGUUCUACCAUGCACGACAAUGGGCAACCCCAAGCCAUCUGUCUCCUGGAUCAAAGGGGACAGUGCUCUCAGGGAAAACUCCCGCAUUGCAGUUCUUGAAUCUGGGAGUUUAAGGAUCCACAAUGUACAGAAGGAAGAUGCAGGACAGUACCGAUGUGUGGCCAAAAACAGCCUGGGCACGGCUUAUUCCAAACUGGUGAAGCUGGAAGUUGAGGAAGACAGUGAACCUGAGCAGGACACAAAAGUUUUUGCAAGAAUCCUGCGUGCUCCCGAGUCCCACAAUGUCACCUUUGGUUCCUUUGUAACCCUACGCUGCACAGCAAUAGGCAUUCCUGUCCCCACCAUCAGCUGGAUUGAAAACGGAAAUGCUGUUUCCUCAGGGUCCAUUCAAGAGAGUGUGAAAGACCGGGUGAUUGAUUCGAGACUCCAGCUCUUUAUCACCAAGCCAGGACUCUACACAUGCAUAGCUACCAAUAAGCAUGGAGAGAAAUUCAGUACGGCAAAGGCAGCGGCCACUGUCAGUGUAGUAGAGUGGAGCAAAUCACAGAAAGACAACAAAGGCUACUGCGCCCAGUACAGAGGGGAGGUGUGUGAUUCAGCCCUGGCAAAAGACACCCUUGUCUUUUUCAACACCUCCUACUCGGACCCUGAGGAGGCCCAGGAGCUGCUGAUCCACACCGCGUGGAAUGAGCUGAAGGCUGUGAGCCCACUCUGCCGGCCAGCUGCCGAGGCCCUGCUGUGUAACCACCUCUUCCAAGAGUGCAGCCCUGGAAUGGCACCUACUCCCAUGCCCAUUUGCAGGGAGUACUGCUUGGCGGUGAAGGAGCUGUUCUGUGCAAAGGAGUGGCUGGCGAUGGAGGGAAAGACCCACAGAGGACUCUACAGCUCCGGGAUGCAUCUCCUUCCAGUGCCAGACUGCAGCAAGCUUCCCAGCUUGCACCGGGACCCGAAGGCCUGCACAAGACUGCCGUAUUUAGAUUAUAAAAAAGAGAACAUAACAACAUUCCCAUCGGUGGCGUCCUCCAAGCCGAGCGUGGACAUUCCGAACAUGCCUUCCUCCACCUCCUCCCUGGCGGUCUCUGCGCCUGCGUACUCCAUGACGGUCAUCGUCUCCAUCAUGUCCAGCUUUGCCGUGUUUGCCCUUCUCACCAUCGCUACUCUCUACUGCUGCCGAAGAAGGAAAGAGUGGAAGAAUAAGAAAAGAGAGUCAGCAGCGGUGACCCUCACCACCCUGCCUUCUGAGCUCCUGCUGGACAGACUCCACCCCAACCCCAUGUACCAGAGGAUGCCACUCCUUCUGAACCCCAAGUUGCUCAGCCUGGAGUACCCCAGGAAUAACAUUGAGUACGUCAGAGACAUUGGAGAGGGAGCGUUCGGAAGGGUCUUCCAAGCGAGGGCCCCAGGCUUACUUCCCUAUGAACCCUUCACUAUGGUGGCCGUGAAGAUGCUCAAGGAGGAGGCCUCAGCAGACAUGCAAGCGGACUUUCAGAGGGAAGCCGCCCUGAUGGCCGAGUUUGACAACCCCAACAUCGUGAAGCUCUUAGGUGUGUGUGCGGUAGGAAAGCCCAUGUGUCUGCUCUUUGAGUACAUGGCCUAUGGCGACCUCAAUGAGUUCCUCCGAAGCAUGUCCCCUCACACCGUGUGCAGCCUCAGCCACAGCGACCUGUCCACGAAGGCUCGGAUGUCCAGCCCGGGUCCUCCGCCACUGUCCUGUGCGGAGCAGCUCUGCAUUGCGAGGCAAGUGGCAGCGGGUAUGGCUUACCUGUCCGAGCGCAAGUUUGUCCACCGGGACUUAGCCACCAGGAACUGCCUGGUCGGGGAGAACAUGGUGGUGAAAAUCGCAGACUUCGGCCUCUCCAGGAACAUCUACUCUGCAGACUACUACAAAGCUAACGAGAACGACGCCAUCCCUAUCCGUUGGAUGCCGCCCGAGUCCAUCUUCUACAACCGCUACACCACGGAGUCCGAUGUGUGGGCCUAUGGUGUGGUCCUCUGGGAGAUCUUCUCCUACGGCCUGCAGCCCUACUAUGGGAUGGCCCACGAGGAGGUCAUUUACUAUGUGAGGGACGGCAACAUCCUCUCCUGCCCGGAGAACUGCCCCUUGGAACUGUACAACCUCAUGCGCCUGUGCUGGAGCAAGCUGCCCGCAGACAGACCCAGCUUCUGCAGUAUCCACCGGAUCCUGCAGCGCAUGUGCGAGAGAGCAGAGGGGGCAGUCGGAGUCUAGGGUUGACUGUGCUCGAACAGCACCCAGUAGGCUCUUUUCAGACUGUGGGUUGGGGGAUUCCUGCAGCAGAGGCUGAUAGGACCAGAGAGGAAAGAGUUUAACUUAGAAAUUGUGAGACAGUGGCUUGUUUGCCACAAGAAGCAGAUCGUGAAAGACCCGCAGGGUGGAAGGUUCUCACUGAAAUGGGUAGUUGGAAACACAAGCUAGGAAAAGUUAAGAGGACCGCAAGCAGCUCUCCUCCCUCCCAGGGUCAGUUCCUAGUAUGCACUGUACAAUGAGAAUGCCCUGGUUCCGUUCCUGUGUCUCCCCUAGGAGAGACACCGCCAGGCUUGCUUGAAUCCAAAGCUGAAUGUGCGGCUUCACUUUUUCAGCUUCGUUUUUGAAGGGAAGCACCCUGCCCACUGGGGUAGCAGUGUGUGUCUCUGUAUACAUUGGGGUAAAGGACAGAAAACUAAAGUCAGGAAAGCAUUCUUUCAGGACGCACUAUGGGUCCUCUCUGUUGCUUUGCUUCUUUCUCGUGUUGAAUGUGCAAUCACAUGUUUGCACUCUGGAGCUGUGCGUCUAUUCCACUGAUGGGAUAAAAAUGUGGGAAAGCCUGCAAGCUCUGUGCUGACCGCAUGCGCAUCCUGGCUUCUUCUCUGUCUGUUCUCCAACAGAAGCCCUUCCUUGGCGUGUGCUCAUCAUGGAGGUGUUCACCUCACGCCUCCUGCUUUCAUGCAACAUUUUUUUUCAUAAUUUACCAGUCUACCUUUUGGUUUUUUGGGGGGAAACUAUACUGGCACAUUUUCCUUAAAAUAACAUAGGCUACAGAUACAUUUUUCAUCUCUGUCCAAUAUGACCUCUUUCUUCUCUACAUGCUCUUGAAUUUGCCGUACAGUAAUUAUGUUGCCUCAGGUCACUAAAUAUAAAACAUGAGGUAUAAUGUCAGAUAUUGCAAGGUGCUGUGUGGUCCGGAACUUUUCAUAGGAAUGUUUUUUGGGUAUUCUGACGUGUUAUGUUUUGUAUUUUAGAACGCAUUUUCGAUUUAUUGGUCCUACCAUUAGCACAGCGUUACUUUAUAACUUCUGCACCAUAGAUCAAACCAUCUUGUUACUUUAUAUGAUAUUUUUUGUAACUUCUGGACUCAGGUUCCCCAAUGCCUAAGGUUUCUCAGUGGAGUCUUUCACACGUGCAUAAGGACAUGUAGAGGCAAUUUUUAAUCUGCAUGCUGUUUCAAAGCCUACACAAUAUGCCUUGUUAUUGUCUUCCUAAGUGUUCAGUGAUUAGAAAGAAAGCCUGUAUUAGUAUUAUCAAUUUAAACCGAUCUAGACAUCCAAUGGAUGGCAUAUUUGUCUCAGAUAAGUUUUAAGUUUUGAGUUAAAACCACUAGGUUAUUUCCUUGGCAGCGGGUUAAAGGGUGAUGUAGUGUUGGAACAUGGGUCCAGUACAGCAAUUAAAAGGGGGAGAUAUGUUAUCAAGUAAAGGGUGAUAUCAGUAAGCCACCAGCAAGUCUACAUAAGUGUCCAGAUACCAAACACACCAAAAGUACCAGGUCAUCUUGCACAUGAUGCCAAAAACAUGUUCUCUGAAAUUAGGAUAGAGCAGAAAAAAAGAAAACUUUCCAACACUUCAUAGUUAUUAUGAAUCUGUUACAUGUCAUUAUUAUUCUAAAAACUAAUAUAAUUUCUUAAUAUCAGCUUUAUGGCUAUCCCAUAAUCUAAUCAAUCUUAGAUUUUUCAACAUGUAAGGUUCUCCUAAUUUUCGGCAUCAGAAACAGUAUUUUGAUCACCUACAUUCGUUCACAUACCUCAAUAUCUCUUAGUGGAAAUUCUAAGGAGAGAGAGAGAUAUAGUCUGCACAAUCUUAGGAUUUUUGUUAUGGGGCCUGGAAAGAUAUCUCAGCAGCUAAGAGUGUAUACUGCUCUUGCAAAGACUGGAGCCUCCUUACAACCACCUGUAAUUCCAGGUCCCAGGUGGUUCUAAAGUCUCUGGCCUCUGAGGGCACUUGCACUCAGGUACACAUGCCCACACACAGAUACCCACAACACACAUAAUUAAAAUAACAAAAAUAAAACUUUUGUUAUAUAUCGUCAUAUAGUUAUAUCGUGUCUCUAGAAAUGUUGUUAUCGCAGCUGCGCUGUACAAGAUAACUCAUAACACUAAGCACUUGUCAUGAUAGAAAAUUAAUACUCUUUUAUUUUGUGUGUAUGGUGACACAGUGUCAUGGUGCACAAUGGAGAGAUCAGAGGACAACCUCUAGUGUUGGUUCUCAUCUCCUACCUUGUUUGAGACAAGGACUUUUGUUGUUUGCCACUAGCCUGAGAGCUUGUGGGGAUUCUCCUGUCUCCACCUCCAUUGUGCUGUAGGGCACAGGCUUCCGGAUUGAUCUGCGUUCUGGAGACCAGAACUCAGGUCUUCAUGCUUGUGUGGCAAGUUUACCCACCCUAUAUUUUUUGUUAAUGAAUGCCAUUUUUAUUUUUUUAAAACUCUGGUGAAAUUGAACUGGGCAUGGCAGCACAAGCCUUCAAAGCCAGCGUUUGGGAGCCUUAGUCCCUAAAGGUCACAAAUUCCAGGCCAGAUUAGACUACACACUUAGCAAAACUCUGUCUCAUAAAGCAAAAGUGAGAGUUGAAAUUUUCUUCUUCCUACAUCAUGUAUAGUUUUAUCUUAGUAAUUGCCUUCAGUCUAAUUUUCUAUUGUGUUCAUUUUAGAAUUGUAAUGUAAGGUUUGUUUCAUAAAAAGCAUAUUAUGCUUCUGUUACACUUCAUAUGAAGAGAAAAUAGAUGUAUAUUUUACCUUUAAGUUUUCUUCUUUGUGAAAGUGUUUAUUUCUUAUGAAAAGGAAAAAAUAACAAAGCAACAUAUAUUAAUAACAUAUACUUUACAAUAAUAAUAAACCAUUGCAAGCAUGAAGAAAUACCAGCUGUUGCUUAUUAAUUUUAAUAUCAUGAAAAAUAUUCUUUCACCAUUUACCAAUAAGCAGAUAUGGAGAUAGGUGGCAGAUAGAAGAUAGAUUCAUAGAAAGAUGAUACAUGCAUACAUACAUACAUACAUGCAUAUAUGGAUAAUGCAUGGAAGAUAGAUGAGAGAUAAUUUAAAGCAGAACAGACAGAGCGAUACUGUUACAUAGAUUUGAGUUGUGUUCUUAUCAUCUAAUGUGCUCUAACAUAUUCUGUAUCAAAAUACUCAUGUGCAGCAUCACUUGUAAUGAUUGCAUAUAUUAAUUUAUCAUAGUAUUAUAGUGUGAUAGUUCAUUGUUGGAAUUAAACUUAUCUACUUUUCAUAAUAAAAUAUAAUCUUUCAUAAUAUUUGUUGCUAGGUAUUGUGAACAUUUUUUCUUAAGUAAUUUCUUUAGAAAUCACUCUUAGAAGUAGAAUUUAUAGGUUAAGGGGCACUUGUACUUUUAAUGAUUUUGAACAUAUUGGCAAUUACAUUUCUUUUUUUUGUUUUGUUUUGUUUUAUUUUUUGUUUUUUGUUUUUGUUUUUUUCGAUACAGGGUUUCUCUGUGGCUUUGGAGACUGUCCUGGAACUCACUCUGUAGACCAGGCUGGCCUCCAACUCACAGAGAUCCGCCUGUCUCUGCCUCCCGAGUGCUGGGAUUAAAGGCGUGCGCCACCAACGCCCGGCCGGCAAUUACAUUUCUUAAUUUGUCAAUGCACAUAUCUUCCAGACAAAUGACAGAGCACAUUUCUUCAUUUCUUUCAGCCUCAUCAGUUCUAGGUACAGUAGCAUUGUGAACACUGCCAAUAUGGUAUUUGCAAUGUUUCAUUUUGCAGCUUGCACUUACGGUUGUUUAAAUACGGAUUACUUUUAAAUAUUUCUCCUUGUUUUGAGGACAGUUGACUUGGGAUUUGUGUAAUACUAAUAUUUUUCUGUUGAGUAUAUCUCUUUUUCAUUGCUUCAUAAAAGCACUUUAUGUGUUAAAGCAUUAAAUUUUGUCAUGCACGUUUGAACCACUGCUAUCAAGUUGAAAUAUAUACAGUAGAUUUUUGUGUGUCUUUAUUAUAAGUUUUCAUUCAUUGAAAAAUGAUGCUGAAUUUCAACAAAUUCAAAUGGCUAUUUUCCCCUAGUUGAUAUGUUAAUAAUGUACAACCAUGUAAAUUGACUUCCUAGUAUUGAAACAACCUUGUAUUCUGAGAAUAAAUUCUUUUUGAAUGUCA